AUGCAAAAGGACGAACCACAACCCCAAGCGGCCCCGACUGUCCAAGACAUCGAGGCCGCGCCCCCAGCAUACGCACCAAGGACGGCCGAAGAACCCGCAAACCCCAACCAAGCCCCCAACCAACAACCGGCGCCCGUAAAGGAGAUGCCGACAGAUCUAAACGCACAGCAACCGCAAUCAACGGCACCGAUGGCGGCGCAACAGCCAGUCCUCGGGGUGAUUCCCAUAAAUCAGCUUGGUGAUCAGCCGCAGUGGAUCGACUGCCCCUUUUGCCAGCAGCGGACUAUGACCAGGGUCGCCACGGAGGGCACAUCGAUGCAAAUUGUUGCCGGCGUCCUUUGUUGCCUUCUCUGUGUCUGCCUGGCCUGCGUCCCCUGCAUGGCCCACUGGUUCGAGGAGACCAACUACUUUUGCUCGAAAUGCCACAACAAAGUUGCCACACGGCCCGAGAGCGGCCCGAUCAUCGUUCACGGGCCCGUUGCCCCCGUGCCGUCUAAGCACGUGGCAUGA